AUGGCGGUGCUGUUGGAGCUUGGGGAUUUUAGAGACGGAUUUAGCGUGCUGCUGCUGAUGCAUGCUGCUAUUGGAGGGAGAGAAGGCUCCAAAUCUUUUGGAAGAUUUGACUUGGAAUCAGGGAAUAUGAUGGAGAAAAAGGGGUUGCUGGAUUUGGCCCCCUAUAAUCCAACUCCUAUGUCAAGGUUUCUUGCUGCUUACCUUCAAGAUCCCUACUGGUGGCAGUAUAAUAGAGAGGGGAGGGGGAUUGGGCGCACUCCGUCCGGCCGUCCGGCUCCGGACCUGGCGCCGCCCGGCAGUGGACUGGCGGGCGGCGGCUGGAGCGGGACGCCCCGACGCUCCCCCACGCUGCCCCUGCGCGCGGCCUCAGCUGGAGCUCAUCGGCGUCUGAGAAGGCGUCGUCGGGGUGCCGGAUCUGGAUCCGGCAGGAGCGGGCGGCGACGGUGGAGAGCAGGGAGGGGCGAUGACGGUGGAGAGCAGGGAGGGGCAGCAGAAAGCAGGGAGGGGCGGAGCGGGGGACCCGGGCGGCGGGGAGGUGCUCCGAGGUGGUGGUGGAGCAGGGGAGCCGGGCGGCGGAGCGGCCUCACGGUGGCCGGCGGAGCGGGCGACCGGCGGCCCCCUCCCUCCGAGCCGCGCCCCGCUCCGAACUCCUUCUCUCCUCGCUCGCUCUGCGCCGCCGCCACCCGCCCUGCACCGCCGCCACCUGCCCGCCCCCUCGCGGCCAUAUGUGCCCUCCGAUCGAUCCCUCCACGCCUCCAACCUCCCGUCGAUCCCCUUCCUCCCCACCCUCAGACAUUCUCCGUGGACGUCGCGGCGACCGAGGGGGCCCCGCUCGCCGCGCCCUUCACCAUCGCGUCCUCGCGCCUCGAUGCCGUCUCCAACGUCGCCGUGCGCGUCGAGCUCCGCAGCGGCGCCGUCGGGUGCGGGAGGCGCCCGUGCUGCCAUCCGUCGUCGACGAGGACCAGCCGGCCGCGCUCGAGGCCCGCGGCGUCGCUCGGCGCGCUGCUCGACGAGGUCACCGGUGUCCUCCAUGGACACGCCUUUGCAUCGGUGAGGAAUCCGCACCUUCCCUCGCCCGGCUCGCAGGCUACAGCAGGAGUGGAGAUGGCACUGAUUGACGCGGUUGCUAACAGCAUUCACAUCCCUCUGUGGUGAUUAUUUGGAGGGGCAUCAGAUACUGUGACCACGGACAUAAUGGUUGCUCCAGCCAGCAAAUUGAAAGAAAUAUUACUUUGUUCACGACCUUAUAUAUGUUGAAUCAGCCGCUAAAAUUGUUCUUGAAGCAUAUGGAUGCAGUUUUGUUGAUCUGUACACACCUCAUUUACUGUCGGAAGAUCCAGUGUAUGGUGGCUAUGAAGGUUUGGCUUCAUGAGAUCAUAGAAGGAAAUGUGGUUACCAGAAAUGAGACAAUCAGUGAUGAUUCCAGUGAGGACCCAACCUGCAGUAGGAGCUAGGAUGAUAUUAAAAUCUUGAUAAGGCUGUUGAAUUGUUUUGCAACAGGAGCUAGGCUUGCCGACCGAUGAAAAAUGUCCUGGAUGUUGAGUAAAUGGCUGGUGGCUUGGGAGAAUUGCAGGAGCCGUGGUGCAGAGUUUGUGGACUAAUCUUCCCAUAUGCAGUGGGUGCGUCUUGUUUCUGAUGUUCAAAACUUCAAUUAGUUUUUCCCCUGUGUCUCUGGUGCUCUCUUUCCUGGAUGAGGUGUAGUAGGUGAAUUUUCACGUUUGGCUCCUGAUCACCUAGAAUUCGUAAAAGACAUGACAUAUCCUACUGUUUGAUGGAAAACAACUCCCACCAAGAGAUCUGCAGUUUUUUUUUCUAUUUGCGUGUGAACUUUUGAAAUAUUUAUUUUUUCAGCAUUUGCAGACU